UUAUAAAAUUUAGUUUAGGUUUGAUAUUUUGUAAUUCUUGAUAGUGUUUCAAGAAAUUAAAUUAAAACAAAAAAUAAGUAGGAAAUAUUAUAGUGGCCUGACAGAUGGACCCGAUCUACCGGCCGACAUGCAUCCGCAUGUCCUUCAGCCCUACACCACCAAUUUUUAAUUUUACAUUAUUUAUUGUGAUUAACGAAUUUCUUUUUUCUGACCUCAAAAUACUUUUUACCUGCAUUAUUGUUUCUGAUACAAAAUAAAUUGACUUGUUCAGCCUCGACCAUGUCUUUAGCUGAAUUAGACACAUACCGCUUUGAAUGGAAGUGCUCUAACUAACUAGUUAUGCGACAAAUUUUAUUUUAAGUAAAAAUGUACCUAGUAAUUUUUGUUUUGGAACUUUUGACAUAGUAGUUUUUGUUGGCAUCUGUCAUUAAUUUUAUAAAUUCGCCUAAAAACUGAAUGUUUAAAAUAAAAUAAAAAUCUCGUUUUAAGAAAUAAAGAGUUUUUGAAACAUAAUAAUAUUGAAAUUAUGAAAUCUUGGUAUUGAUUGUUUCUGCAUGUCCUUAAUUUGUAACAUACUUAUCUAUCAUCAGGGCCAUGAAUCCAUGAUGGUUACUUGUUUCUUUUUUUCCGGUUUACAAAACUUGUAAUCUAAUGAAUCACAAGAGUUGAAUAACUAGUUUUAAAUCCAAGUACUUCCAUAGCAUAACCGAAAUCAUUUACUUUUUUUCUCCAUCCUAACUAUUAUGAAUCGCGUAGAAAAUAACAUACUUUCCUUUUUUCAUGUGGAAAAAAAAGUGGCAAACAAGAGAAGAGAUGAUGUUUGACCCUAAAAAAAAGAAAAAAAAAAAAGAGAAGAGAUGGUCAGAAAUGGACCAACGGUCAAACGCCAAAACAUCAAAUCACAUUUUUACUAAGUACAGUCCAAGCUUUUAGUGGUUUUCACUUUAUACGAAUUAGACCAAUGUGCUUAUCCAUUACCGUCCUGUCCAAUUUACCAUUUUCAUAUUAGCAAUUUAACACGCAUGCAUUUGGCUUAGAAUAGUGAUCUUGGUUGGUCUGUUUGUCCUGCGAUAAGGGUGGUAAAUGAUUUGAAAUAAAAAAAUCAAGUUUCAUUUUUUUUUUUGUCAUCAAGUUUCAUAGACAUGUAUAAAGUGGCUUGAUGCAAAUCCAGUUAAAAACAAAAAUCAAAGUUUCAUAAACAUGUCGUAUAAAAAAUCUGUUUGAAAAUUAUUAUUCUCUAAUAUUUUGUGAUCGGUCAUGUUUCAAUAUGUUAUUUGGCACUUUCUAAAACAAUUUCUUCCUUGCACCGAAAACCCUCAUUUUAUUAGCAUUAGGUAACGUAUCAAACCCAUAUUUAUAUGUUUCUUAUAUAACAUCAUGGUGUUGAUUGUGUAUCACAUGUCGUGAACCAAGCCAAAAAGACAGUUGCCAAAGAUCUUGUCUAGGUUCUAUUUUCUUGCAACUAAAUUAAUAUUUCCUUCUCUAGAGUGUUAGGUGACAUAUGGUUUAAUUUGGGGUUUAAGUUAUUCAGUAGCUAAUGAUAUCUCUUAAGAAAACAAAAUUCAGUAGCUAAUGAUAUCUCUUAAUCAUGUUAUAAUGAGUCCCUUUCUCUCUCUCUCUCUUGGUUUUUAUUUGACAUUUACAAAACUAAUAAUACUAUAUGUUAAGCAAACCCUAUUGUCACUUUGUUAUCUUCCAAUUUUAGUAACAAAGGAUAUCACUGAAAUUUCUCAGAACUCAAACUGUUACCAGCCAAUAAAAGAAAGCACACAUGUCGACAUUAAUCAUUUUAUCGUCUUUUAAUUUAUUAUAAAUUAAUUAGAGACCCCUUGGUCCGCCUAUUCAGAUCUCUGUCUCUUUCUCUUUCUCUCUCUCUAUCUCUCUAUACACAAAAGACCAAUCUUUCAAACACUAUAGACUCUCUCCCUCUCUUCUUCCUUCAUCUUCUCCAUGUGCUUCUCAAGAUAAAAGCUUGACCCAAUUAUACCUACAUGAUUUUUUUCUUUCAAGAAAACAAAUCAUUUUCUUCAUUUUCUAUUGCUUAUGAAAUCAAAGGAUAGUAUUUUUUAUAGUACUCUGAAACCCUAAGUUUUACACAAAAAAAAAAGAAUAAGCAGAAGCGAUGACUAGUUGUAUCGAGGAAUCUCUGUCGUUAGAUUACCUAAACCUUUUAAUCAACGGCCAGGCUUUCUCUGACGUCACUUUCAGCCUCGAAGGCCGUCUGGUCCACGCUCACCGCUGCAUCCUCGCUGCGCGUAGCCUCUUCUUCCGCAAAUUUUUCUACGGAUCUGAUCCUCCACAAACAGUAACCAGUUCAGCUUCAGGAGCCAGAGUGGCCUCAGUGGGAGGAGUCGUACCGGUUAACUCUGUAAGUUACGAAGUUUUCUUGCUUCUACUUCAGUUCUUAUACAGUGGUCAAGUCUCACUCGUACCGCAUAAGCACGAGUCAAGAUCAAACUGUGGAGAUAGAGGAUGUUGGCACACGCAGUGCACUGCAGCCGUUGAUCUCUCCUUAGAUAUCUUAGCCGCCGCUCGUUAUUUUGGAGUUGAGCAGCUCGCGUUGCUUACUCAGAAACAUUUGACAAGCAUGGUGGAGAAAGCCUCCAUUGAAGACGUGAUGAAAGUACUAAUAGCUUCAAGAAAGCAAGACAUGCAUCAGUUAUGGACCACAUGCUCCUACCUAGUCGCCAAAUCUGGUUUUCCAACAGAAAUUCUAGCCAAACAUCUCCCAAUCGAACUCUUAGGCAAGGUUGAGGAGCUUCGUCUCAAAUCAUCCAUACCUCUACGUUCUCUAAUGCCUCACCAACAAGACCAAAACUCGGCUCUAAACCUAGAGGACCAGAAGAUCAAGAGGAUGAGACGAGCAUUAGACUCCUCGGAUUUUGAGCUAGUAAAGCUAAUGGUUAUGGGAGAAGGACUCAAUCUAGACGAGUCAUUAGCUUUGUUUUACGCGGUGGAGAAUUGUAGUAGAGAGGUUGUGAAGGCACUUCUUGAGCUUGGAGCAGCUGAUGUGAACCAUCCGGCAGGUCCCACCAGGAAAACCGCACUCCACAUCGCAGCUGAGAUGGUCUCUCCGGAUAUGGUGGCCGUGUUACUUGACCACCAUGCUGAUCCAACCGUUCAGACAGUUGAUGGUAUCACUCCUCUUGACAUCCUUAGAACCCUAACUUCAGAUUUCUUGUUUAAGGGGACAAUUCAUGGAUUGACUCACAUUGAGCCUAAUAAGCUCAGACUUUGUCUCGAGCUGGUCCAGUCUGCUGCAAUGGUGAUUUCUCGAGAAGAAGGGAACAAUAACAAUAACGUUAACAACACCGUGAUCUACCCUAGGAUGAAAGACAAACGCACGAAGGGGAGUAGUUUGGAUUCAAGAUUGGUUUAUCUUAAUCGUGGAGCUACAAAUCCGGAUUUUGGAGAUGAACAUGGCAUUCAAACGGAAGAAACGGGCCUGCAUCAUCAUCAUUAUCAUGACCCGUCAACGAUGUAUCAUCAUCAUCACCACCACCACUUCUAGGUUUUCUUCUAAGACGAUCAUUUUCUAGUUAUGAUAAGACAUAUUCAAGAACUAGUUAAUUUUUGGUUGUGGUCUUUUUCUAUGUGAAUAUAUGGACAUGCGACACAUGCCAACAAAUGUAAACGUUUAUUCCAUGAAAAGUGAAAGGAAAUGAGAAGACAAAGGAGGCCACAAACAAAAGGGCCAUUUACUUAUGUAGAAUAUAAAAACAACAAUAGUUUAUUUGUUUUUGGAAUCAAUGAAGCCUUUUAUAAAAAAAAUGAGACACUAAAAAUAGUUUUGACCAUAUAUAUACACU